AUGCACAUAUUUUAUAAGUUAUAUAAUUAUGGAGUUGCGACGGCCGGUGACACUGACUUAGUUAGGCUAAACUGCCUGAUUCACGAUAAAGAAUCUGUUCGCUUAUCUGAUAUUGUCACGGUCAUAAUUUCCAAGACGGACAAUUUCAACAUUCUUAAAGAUAAACUCAAGGAAAAAUCAUUUUUGCUUCGAAAAACUUUUCAAGAAGGAAUCGUUAUAUCUAAGAAGGAUCCUAAUUUCAUUCCUCAAGCAAAUGAAGAUUUAAUCAAGACUUAUAAUGACGACGGGUUGGACGGCUCAUGGAAGAGAGUGAAUGAUCCCACAGAAUUGAUUGUUAAUCAUCUCCCAAAAGCUCUUCGUGAUGAAUACACUUACUUUGUAGCAUCCGUGGAUCAUUCGAGGGUUGAAUUGUAA